AUGUUUGGAGCAUUCGGUAGUGCCACUAAUAAUGAUCCCUUUGGCACGUUGGGCAGCCAAUUGAAUGAUCUAGCUAUUCUCACGUUUGACUCAGAAAAGCUUCGCAUUAUAAUCCAAAUUAUCAAUAAGCGUUUAUCGGUGAAAGAACCCUCGAAAAAUUGGAGAAUUAUUCUCAAGACCCUAACGGUUAUAAUCUACUUAUUACAGAGUGGCUCAAAACAGUUUGUAAAUUGGUGCAAAUCCAAUUAUUCAAGUAGUUACGAGAAAAGGUUAAGAAAUUUCACAUGUUUUGAUAUCAAUGGGAAUGAAAUUGGCCAACCAAUACGGUCUAAGUUGAACUUAAUACACAAGCUAAUCAAUGACGACCAGGAGUUGGAGCUAUUGAGGUGGAAAUUCCACCAGUUGAGAAAUGAUAUGUCUAUUCCUGGGUUGAAAAUGUAUGAAACUCCGAUAUCUCCAUCUACUAACCGCACCAACGAACUGAAUAAGCUAAGAACUAGAAGUUUGGAUUUCAGCUCGACUACUUCGUUUAAGCUUUCUGACGAUGUACCCUCGUCGCCCAUCAAUGCAAGACUUGAUACUUUAUCAGAGGAUAAUGGCAAAGAAAAUAACUUCACGACUACAACUUACGAUAAUUCUACGAAAGGAAAAGCCGAUUUGAAAAAUCUGCUUUUCAGGUUAGAUGCUAACGACAGCAGGAUAUUGAAGAAUAGGCUGACCUUUCAUGGGUACAGCAGCAGCGAACAUAGUAAUAACCCAUUUAUAGAUAUUCACACGUAA